AUAACAUUCAACCGCCGAGCUGUUCUGCUCACCGUAGGUGCUCACCAUGGCUACCGCACCUCCUAUUAUUGACUUUGGGCCAUUCUAUGGCGAUGAUGCCGGCAAAAAGGCAGAGUUAGUCCAGCAAGUCCGUCAGGCAUGCGAGCGACAUGGAUUCUUCCAGAUCAUCAAUCAUCGGGUGCCGUCCGAUCUGCAGGCCGCUAUUCUUCAACAGGCUCAAGAGUUAUUUAGACUACCGCUCGAAGUGAAGGACAAAUACAGUCGAGCCGUCGAGCCGGUAAACCUGGGAUACGAGCGUCUUCGUGAACAGAGCUUUGGUAAUGGGACCGGCGACCUCAAGGAGGGCUUUUACCUCUGUCAAGAUCUCCCAAUGGGACAUCCCUUGAUUGGAAGGUUCUCCCUGGGGCUCAACAAGUACCCUGAAGAGAUGCAAAACCUGGCCAUCUUUCGGAACACCGUGAACAACUACCAUAUUGCCAUGGCUGAUCUAGCCCUCAAUAUCUUCAAAGUACUGGCACAGACACUGGACUUGAACGAGGACUGGUUCGAUGGUUUCUGUCACGACUCGGCCAAUAUCAUGCGGUUAUUGCGGUACCCACCCCAGCCGGCGGAUGGUCUAGAACGCGGAAUUGGUGCUCAUACUGACUUUGGAGGACUCACGAUUCUACUCCAGGAUGACAAGGGAGGACUGCAGGUCUGGGACCGAGAGUCAUCCCAGUGGGCCGAUGCCGAACCUGUCCCGGGCGCAUUGGUGGUGAAUUUAGGCAACAUGAUGAUGCGAUGGACCAACGACCAAUUUCUAUCGAACCUCCAUCGUGUGAUCAACACCAGUGGGCAGGAACGAUACAGCGUGCCGUUUUUUAUCUCUGGGAAUCUGGACUAUCUGGUGGAGUGUAUCCCGAGCUGCAAGGCGGAGACGGAAGAGGCGAAAUACCCGCCGAUAAGGGUGGAGGAUUGGCUGGAAGCACGAUACUCGGAGACGUAUGGGGGAGCGGGAGCAGGAGAAUUAUCGAAAGAUGUGGUCAGCGCAAGUAAUUGA